AUGGGCAGCGUGCGAACCAACCGCUACAGCAUCGUGUCUUCGGAAGAGGACGGCAUGAAGCUGUCGACCAUGGCCGUUGCCAACGGCUUUGGGAAUGGAAAGAGCAAGGUACACACCAGGCAGCAGUGCAGGAGCCGCUUUGUCAAGAAAGAUGGCCACUGCAACGUCCAGUUUAUUAACGUGGGGGAGAAGGGACAGCGAUACCUGGCAGACAUCUUCACCACUUGCGUGGACAUCCGCUGGAGGUGGAUGCUAGUUAUCUUCUGCCUGACAUUCAUUCUCUCCUGGCUUUUCUUUGGCUGUGUGUUUUGGUUGAUUGCGCUGUUGCAUGGGGAUCUGGAGAAUCAAGAGAACAGCAAACCUUGUGUCUCUCAAGUGAGCAGCUUCACCGCAGCAUUUCUGUUCUCCAUCGAGACCCAGACCACGAUCGGCUAUGGCUUCAGGUGUGUCACAGACGAGUGCCCUAUCGCAGUUUUCAUGGUGGUUUUCCAGUCUAUAGUAGGCUGCAUCAUUGAUGCCUUCAUCAUUGGUGCUGUCAUGGCAAAGAUGGCGAAGCCAAAAAAGAGAAAUGAAACUCUAGUCUUCAGCCACAAUGCUGUGGUGGCCAUGAGAGACGGAAAACUGUGCCUGAUGUGGCGUGUUGGAAACCUGAGGAAAAGCCACUUGGUGGAGGCGCAUGUGCGAGCCCAGCUCCUCAAGUCCAGGAUCACGUCGGAAGGGGAGUACAUCCCCUUGGAUCAAAUAGACAUCAAUGUAGGGUUUGACAGUGGGAUAGACCGCAUAUUCCUGGUCUCCCCGAUUACGAUAGUCCAUGAAAUAGAUGAAGACAGUCCUUUGUAUGACUUGAGCAAACAAGACAUGGACAAUGCUGACUUUGAAAUUGUAGUAAUAUUAGAGGGCAUGGUGGAAGCUACCGCCAUGACUACCCAGUGCCGUAGCUCAUAUCUGGCAAACGAAAUCCUCUGGGGCCACCGCUACGAGCCUGUGCUCUUCGAAGAGAAAAACUACUACAAAGUGGACUACUCGAGGUUCCACAAAACAUACGAAGUGCCCAACACACCCAUCUGUAGUGCCAGAGACUUAGCAGAAAAGAAAUAUAUUCUCUCUAACGCAAACUCCUUUUGCUAUGAGAACGAAGUGGCCCUCACCAGCAAAGAGGAGGACGAGAUUGACACUGGGGUGCCUGAGAGCAUGAGCACAGACACCCACCCAGACAUGGACCACCACAACCAAGCAGGGGUGCCUCUAGAGCCACGGCCGCUACGGCGGGAGUCGGAAAUAUGA